AUCCAGCGAGGCACUCUGAUCUAGUUCACUUUACGCAGUAACCAGCUAUUGCAGAACGAUGAUCAUCGCGAUCUGAUCACCAGCGCUACUAGCACGCCUCGGGACAGGGAAUCAGACUGGCGAUAAAAUGCCCGGCACAUGCGAAGUCUGCGAGUCAGAGCCGUCCAAAUACCGAUGCCCGACCUGCGGUUAUCGCGGUUUUGUCUUUAGUUGCUCCCUCGCGUGCACUCAAUCUCAUAAGAUCUAUUGUGCCCCGAAGGCACCGUCGUCGAAACCGUCGGAAGACCAAGCACUUCCCACCGAUGCUGUCAAUGGUCAUGCACUCGAGGCUGGAAUGCCUCAGUCCGAGACCGGGCUCGAUAUCAAGUCUCUCGGGUCUUCACCGCAGCUGAAAGAACUCCUCGAGCGCUUCCCGUCGCUCCGAGAUCAGCUUCGCGAUAUCUACCAGGCUACAUUGGAGGAGGAAUGGCAGGAGACCCUGCCGUACGCCGGUCGGUCACGGGGGUUUGGUAGGGGUAGGGCGACCCACCGUCAUCGAGGACCGUGGACGCGGGAGAAAGGGUUUAACCGAGGAGUGGGCAAGGUCAGAAAGCUCCGAGAACGAUGUGAAGAGGGCGAUGAGGUAGGCAAGAAAGCAGAAGGCUAUAUGCGAUUCAUGGCCCUGAUUACUGGGAGCGAACUACCUGAGGCGGUCUGAGUUUUGCGGAUGUGGCAAAUUACGCCCCUUUCACCGGAGAGUUGCCAAGGCUGCACGCCGCGCAGGUGGGAGCUUGACCAGCCGACCAGCUCGAUGCUGUUUCACUCAACAGCCCGCCGCCUUGCGUUCACAGCCCUGGGGCCACGUAUGAAGCAUUAGUUGGAAUGACGGUAAUGUCCGAAUAGUUGCCGACGAUCCCCCAUAGAGGAUGCAUGAAUAUGAACAGCAAGUGAGUACGGAGUAGACUUGCAAGCUAUCAGCCGGCAUGGAAAG